AUGUUGAGAUCAAUAAUCAAAUCAUUCAAACCAUCUGCAUCUUUUUCUUCUUCAAUCAUUUCCCCUAAAUCAACUACUUCUUUAAGUACCAGUUCACUAAAACCAUUGACAGUAUAUCAUAAUUCAAACUUGUUAGUGUCACAUCAGUUAGUUGCUAAAUUGAAUAAUUUCAAUUCAACCACAGAUUCUCCAACUAAUAAUAAAAUAACAUUCAAUUUGAAAACUAAUGAACAGUUAUCGGAAUCCGAUUAUAAAUUUAUAAUUGAUGAAUGCUUAUAUAUUCAUCCCGAUAAUAAAUCAAUAUUGUUGCAAAUAUUCCAUAAUAAAUAUCAUAUGGAUAAAAAAAAAUUGAUUAAAGAUUUUACUUUACAUGAUUCAAUCUUUGAAUACAACAAUUUGAUUAAUAAUAAUAAGAGCUAUCCUUUGAUUAUUGAUUAUAAUCAUUGUUUGAUUGCUAAUGAUGAUGCUUCAUUUGAUAGAAUAAUGAUGAAUUAUUUAACCUGUGGUAUACAAAAUACCACCAGUAGUAAUUCUACAGCUGCAAGUCAUGGUUUUACAACCAAUGGUAGUAGUAGCAGUAGUGGUAAUGGCGGUAAUAAUAGUACUGGUACUGUUAAAUAUAACGAUUUGGUUCAUCCUCAUAUGGCUGAAUUUGCUGAUUUGUUUUAA